AUGCCCGCGCCCGCUCGGCGGCGGAUCUAUGGCAAGAGUCCUGCUGCGCCCUGCAGGAGAAAGAGCGCGCAAAUCUUGCCUUCGAGGUUUGCGCCGUUGGUUGCCCACAUCAGCGACCCAGACGAACGCAGAAAGGCGCUUCGCAAGAUCUACGAGAAGAACCGCAAGAGCUGUGGGAGGCCCAGAUCAUCCGGGCGCAGCAAGAAAAGGACACGGGCUGUUCAGUGUGCAGUGAUGGUGUGGGAGCCUUCCGAGCUCUCGCCGUUUGUGGCGCCAGAUGAAGCCACGCAGGGCCUGGCUUAUGAGGGGUGCGAGUCCUUGGCGCCAGAUGAAGCCACGCAGGGCCUGCUUCAUGAGGGCUUGCAACUAGCGCCUGCGUCGCCCUGGGGGGCGGGCUUCCCACGCCACUCCUUGGCGCCAGAUGAAGGCACGCAGGACGAGGGGUGGCAGGCAGCGCCCGCAUCGCCCGAGUCCUUGGCGCCAGAUGAAGCCACGAAGGGCCUGCUUGCAGCAGACCCAUGGACCCUUGACUCAGAGCCAGUCAGCCCAGCGAGCCAGUGCUAUGACAAACCUCAGGCGCACAAGGGCACAAUGACUGAGCAAUCCUGCAUGGAAGAGGAGCUUGCUAGGUUGACACAUGAAGCUUAUCAUUACCGGGAGGCAUUUUUGCGAUUGGGAGGCAGUCGGCUGAACACACCACGCGCAUGCGCGCGGAGGUAG